AUGUCGAACCCGAGUAAGUCAAAGUCCUUGCGUAUUAAACUUCGAGAUCCGAUCGAGGGGUGCGAGAAAACUUUUGGUACGGUGGGUAUGGAACGCGAGAAGGUAGUAAUAACAGAUGAGGAAGUCGGAUUCGCGUCGGCUAGUAGGCGAAUCGAAGCGAAAAGGAGGGUGGUGGGUAGGGUUGGGACGGCUGACGGCUCGAGCCGCGGAGCCAACCCUCCCAAUCUGUGUGUGGAGCCAAGUCGAGCCGCCGUUGUGGGGGUUGGCACAAUUUCCCACGAGGAGAGAGAGAAGGGAGCUGCUGAGGUGGGCGCGUCUGGCAGGAGGUCGAGGGACGCAUGGGCGCAUUCCAGUAGACGUCGUUAUGGGCGUCAAGUCGUGGACUUUGGGAGCGAUAGUGAUGAUUCAAAUGAAGUUCCUUUGGCGAGUGAUCAAGCGGUGCCAAGUAGUGAAGUUGAGCUGACGGAUGAAGAGGGGGAGGAGGAUGAUAUUCCGCCAGGUGAUGUUGAGUGGAUCCAGUGCAGCUGCGGCGCAUCCUACGCCUUCGGGAUCUACUCUCCGAUCCUCAAAUCGAGCCAGGGCUACGACCAAUCGACGCUCGAGACUGUUUCCGUCUUCAAAGACAUCGGCGCCAACACCGGAAUACUUUCCGGCCUCCUCUACGCCGCCGUAUGCCGCCGCCGCAGCCGCCACGCGCUGCCGUCUGGGUGGUCGCAGCCGUGGGUCGUCCACUUGGCCGGUGCGGUGCAGUGCUUCGUGGGGUACAUGUUCAUGUGGCUCGCCGUCACCGGAGCCAUUGCCCGGCCGCGCGUGGGGGUCAUGUGCCUGUUCAUGUUCCUCGCCACCCACGCGCAGACGUUUUUCAACACGGCCAACGUGGUGACCGCCGUCCAAAAUUUCCCUGAGUACAGCGGAACCAUUGUCGGCCUAAUGAAGGGUUUCCUUGGUAUAAGUGGUGCAGUACUCAUACAAGUGUAUCAAACACUAUUUGCAGGGAAACCAAGCAAUUUCUUGUUAAUGCUUGCAUUACUACCAUCUCUUUUUUCCCUUGCCCUAAUGUUCUCCGUCAGAGUUCAUCACACGCAAUCUAUCGGCGGCCAUGAAAAGAAAUACCUAAAUGAUUUUUCAUUGAUUUCCAUGAUCAUUGCAACAUAUCUCAUGUUUCUGAUAAUCAUCGACAACAUAUUCGUCUUGUCUCAAUUGGUUCGCGCUUUCACAUUACCGGUUCUCCUAGUGCUUCUCUCUUCGCCUGUUUAUAUCGCGAUCAAGGCAAAUAAAGAUGAUGGUCUGCAAAUAACACCGGCCACUUUGAUCAAAACCCCGUUAGUCGAAAACCCUAAUCGGUCGGAAGAAAACGAGAAUAAGUCCGAUAAUAUUCUUGAUGAUGUCGAAUCAAAAGAAAUGAAUCUCGUACAAGCGAUGCGUACGCUAAACUUCUGGCUACUCUUUGUAGCUAUGAUAUGUGGAAUGGGUUCAGGGAUGGCUACAAUCAACAACAUAAGCCAAAUCGGAGAAUCGCUCGGCUACACUUCUAGAGAGAGAAGCACGUUGGUUUCGUUAUGGAGCAUAUGGAAUUUUCUCGAUCGUUUUGGUGCAGGAUAUGUAUCGGAUGUUUUCAUGCAUAAUAGAGGUUGGUCGAGGCCGAUUUUCAUGGUGCUUACGUUAGCAACUAUGACAGCUGGCCAUGUAAUCAUUGGCUCGGGCUUUUACGGGAGCUUAUACGUGGGGUCGGUUAUAGUUGGAAUAUGUUACGGUUCGCAAUGGUCGUUGAUGCCAACAAUUACUAGUGAGAUAUUUGGUGUGCUUCAUAUGGGGACUAUAUUUUACACCAUUGCUAUAGCUAGUCCUUUGGGUUCGUACAUAUUUUCUGUGAGGGUAAUCGGUUAUAUAUACGAUAAACAAGGAACGGGGAUGGAGAAUUCUUGCAUUGGAAGUCACUGUUUUAUGCUAUCGUUUUUUAUAUUGGCGGUUGUAAGUUUUUUUGGGUGUUUCGUGGCGUUGGUAUUGUUCGUAAAUACGAGGGGGGUUUAUGCUGGGAUUGUACGUAGAAGGAAGUGGGCAAGAUGAGAAUAUAUAUAUACCGAUUUGUGUAUGUGAAUUGUGAUGUUUUGAGAUAGAUUUUGGUUUCAUUUCGGAAUAUAAACGUGUUUAAGAAAAUAUUUUGAGGAUUAAAGUAAUGUUUGUUUGUAUGA